CUGCACCUUACACCGCCCGCGCCCUCUUACAUCUCCCUUGCCAAACACAAUGGCUCAGUCCGGCUACUCAAACCCGCUGAAGAAAUUCAAGCUUGUGUUCCUCGGUGAGCAAAGCGUGGGGAAGACUUCUCUGAUCACGCGCUUCAUGUACGACUCGUUCGACAACACCUAUCAGGCGACGAUUGGCAUCGACUUUCUCUCAAAGACCAUGUACCUCGAGGACCGCACCGUGCGGCUGCAACUCUGGGACACGGCCGGCCAAGAGCGAUUCCGCUCCCUGAUCCCCUCCUACAUCCGCGACUCGAGCGUCGCUGUCGUCGUUUACGACAUCACGAACAAGAAGACGUUCGAGAACACGAGGAAGUGGGUUGAUGAUGUCAGGGGCGAGCGUGGGAAUGAUGUAAUUAUUGUGCUGGUGGGGAACAAGACGGACUUGAACGACAAGAGGGAGGUGACGACACAACAGGGCGAAGACGAGGCGAAGAAGAACAACCUCAUGUUCAUUGAGACGAGCGCGAAGGUGGGACACAAUGUCAAGGCCCUGUUCAAGAGGAUUGCCCAAGCGCUGCCGGGCAUGGAGGGCGAGCAGCAGCAGGGCCAGAGCCAGAUGAUCGAUGUGAACAUCAACCCCAGCCAGCCCACAGAGCAGAGCUCGUGCUCGUGCUAGACUUCGUAUCCAGGCCUUCCUUCUAUAGACUUUGUAAUUAUUGGCUUCUUUCACGAGUUGGAGGGAUGGCAUUGCGAGCAAGGCGUUCCGGGCAGGGCAUGGGAAGUGGCAGUUUCCCGCGGCAUGCGGAGCACUGCUCGGGAGACUUGUGGGCUGUAAUUUGUAGUAUACCAGUGCAUUUCUCAAUCGCAUG